AAAGAUGUUUAAAAUUCCAAGCUAAACAAAGUCAACCUGUCGACAGGAAUAUGAACAUAUUUCUUCUAUAAGACUAACAUGCGCAAAGAAGUAGCGAUAACCCUUUAAAAGAUGGCAGUUAUAUUAACACGUCGGUUUAAAAAAGGCGAUAGUCAAGGGAAAAGUUGUUUCAGUUUAUUGAUUUUUUGUUCACGUAACAAAUCCGUGUAUGACUUUCAACUGGAAAGAUUCAAAAUACUUAAUAAUUCUGUCCUAGUUUGUUCAGGAGAACGCGUCCUUAUUCCAGCAGGUGGCAGUGUUGUCCUGUAUUUACUAUCCUCUAGCUUCGAAGAAAACUAGUAGGAAGUAAGCUUGUAUUUUUUCCAUCUUACCAGAGUAGCAUUCACAGGCUGCUGUGGCAACAUAGUACCGGUUUUGGAUUUAAUUGAAACGUCCAAGAAAUGCCUCUGCCAAGAUUGUUGAUGGUGGUCACAGGAGACGACUUUGGCUACUGCCCGAGAAGGAACCAGGGGAUUGUGGAUUGCUUUUUGGCCGGAGGCAUUUCCAAUGUAUCCCUGCUUGUUAAUGCCUCGGCUGCCAAAGAGGCAGCUGACCUGGCUGGCAGACACAAAAUCCCAAUUGGCCUCCAUGCCAACCUGUCUGAGGGCACCCCUGUGUAUCAGCACCUCCAACAGAUUUCCACACUCGUUAACCCUCAAGGCUUCUUCCAUGGAAAGAUGGGUUUUCGCCAGGCCUUGGAGAAAGGCCAGCUCAGCAUGAACCAGGUAGAGCUGGAGCUGAGAGCCCAAGUCAGGCGCUUUAUAGAACUGACAGGUCACCUUCCGCAUCACAUGGAUGGACACCAGCAUGUUCAUGUUCUGCCAGAUGUUCGUGAAGUGUUUGCACAGGUCCUCUCUGACGUAAGGAUUCCAUUCACUCGUGUUCCAAUAGAACCAGGUUUGCACAACUGUCCGUGGGUGCCAGCACACCUCCACACUUUUUACAUGGAUGUGGAAAAGGAUGCCCUGGACUCAAUCCCCAUCUUCAAACACUAUGGAAUCAGGUGGCCAGAUGUGUACUUGGGACUCUCCACCAUGGGUCAGAACAUGUCAGUUUCAAGCUUGCAGAGGGCUCUCAAGCAAGCUUUGGGAACAAGAACUUCUAGCACCAUCUCCAGAAGAGCACCUGGCCUUCAUCAACCAGUCAUCACAGCAGAGCUUAUGGUUCAUCCAGGUUACCCAAGUCAUCCUGAUGAAGGCGGCUGUGGGGAGGGCCCAGAUGACUUCUCCCAGUCUACUGAAAGAGAACAUGAGCUGAAUAUGCUCAGAAGCCCAUCUGUCCUGGAGCUUUACUGCCAGGAGGGAGUCCAACUCUGUGGUUUUAGAGACCUUUGACAACUGUUGUCUUGGAAUAGUACAGUUUUGCACUUGUGGAUAAAGUUUAUAUAUAUUCCGCUUUUA